ACUUUCCAGUAGUUUGUUGGUUACAGAGAGAGAAACUGAGUUUUGAAGAUGCAAACGGAUAAAGCUUCUGAAUCGCCAGAAGAUAAAAAACCAGCGUCACCGCCGGGGGAGGCGGAGAAGCGCCAGGAGGAGGCUGAGCAAAAGCCGAGUACGGUGACAGGAGGCGUCGCGCCGAAGCUGGUGCCAGUUGCGGCGGCGCAGACUCCUUGGAUACCGGUGCACUACCCCCCGCCGCCGGCAGCGGUAAUGCCGCCCCACAUGAUACCUCCUCACUACAUUCCGUACCACCCCCACUUUCUCCACCAUCCUCCGCCGCCGCAUGCGCACUCUCCGCAGCUACAAUCGCCGACGCAGCAGCAAGGAGGAUCCAACGGUGAGAACCGAACUAUUUGGAUCGGUGACCUUCACAAUUGGAUGGACGAGGAUUACCUCCGCAGCUGUUUCUCGUCUACCGGAGAGCUUGCCUCCAUUAAGGUGAUCAGAAACAAACAGACUGGGUUCUCAGAAGGAUAUGGGUUUGUAGAAUUCUGUUCCCAUGCAGCAGCAGAAAAAAUUCUGCAAUCGUACUCCUGCAUGGCAAUGCCUAAUACAGAUCAGCCCUUUCGUCUUAACUGGGCAACAUUUAGCAUGGGGGAGAAGCGUUCAAAUAAUGGUUCUGACCUUUCUAUAUUUGUAGGAGAUUUAGCUGCAGAUGUUAGUGAUACCUUAUUACUUGAAACGUUUUCUAGUAAAUAUCCUUCUGUUAAAGCUGCUAAAGUAGUCAUUGAUGCCAAUACUGGACGGUCAAAAGGUUAUGGAUUUGUGAGGUUUGGAGAUGAUAGUGAGAGAUUGCAGGCCAUGACCGAAAUGAAUGGUGCAUAUUGCUCAAGCCGGGCAAUGCGAAUUGGUGCUGCAACACCACGGAAAUCAUCAGGAUAUCAACAGCAACAUCCUUCACAAGGUGGAUACUCGAAUGGUUCUCCGGCAUAUGGAUCACAGUCUGAUGGAGAUUCUUUUUCUAAUACAACGAUUUUUGUUGGAGGUCUGGACCCAAAUGUUAGUGAUGAAGAUCUUAGACAGCCUUUCUUACAAUAUGGUGAAAUAGUUUCUGUGAAAAUUCCACUUGGGAAAGGAUGUGGAUUUGUUCAAUAUGCGCAAAGAAAUGAUGCUGAGGAAGCUUUGCAGAAGUUGAAAGGCCUUGUUAUCGGAAAACAGACAGUACGCCUUUCUUGGGGACGAAAUCCAGCACAUAGGCCGUCGAGAUCUGAAUUCAUGAAUCAAUGGGGGGGAAGCAGCCCAUACUAUGGAGGGCACUUCUACGAUGGCUAUGGUUAUGCUUUCCCGGCUCGUCAUAGCCCGAGUAUGUAUGCUCCAGCGGGCUUCAGGGCUUAUCCGAUGUACGGGACCCACCAACAACAAGUAAGCUAAAUGGAUGGUCUUCCCAAGAGAACUCCCCCAGUUAAGAUGACAUUGCCCAUGCUGCGGCCAAAUAUACAUACAUAUAUAUACUGACUAUAUAUGUGUUGAUUCAAGGUUAUUGGGCCAUGUAGAAUUUAGCUGACCCUCCAAACAUGGAGUGGCAUUGAAUUUUGACUUGAAUGAGGUAGUUCUUGUUUAGAAAUCGAUUCUAUUAGACAUUUAAUUAUAAACUUUGGAAGUUUGGACCAGACGUGGAACUUUAUUUUAUAUUGGAAUAAUAAUUAUUGUGUUUGCAACAUGAUUGUGUGGUUCACUG